AUGAACCCCUCUAACACUCACCUGACAUCUCUCACAAAUCCUCUCAUCACGCCCGACCAACUCACGACCACCUCCUCCCGCCUCGAUGGCAUCCACACGUCCCUCGAAGCCUCGCUCCGCCUCAAAGGCGCACAACUCACACAAGCAGCAGGAAUCCUGCUCCAUCUUCCUCAACCUCUCAUCGCACAAGCAAUCGUGAUAUUCUACCGAUUCUACACUGGGUCUGAGGGCGGCAGCUUUUUCGUGAACUCUCUCACCGACAUCUCAACCGCCUCCCUCUACCUCACCACAAAACCCUCCUCUCACCCCAUCGCCCCCCGCUCCCUCCUGAACGUCUAUGCAUACCUGACCUCGCCUUCCUCGCCUCUCCGCACCACUUUUCCCCUUUCCCCCGACCCAUCUGCCCCGCCCUCCAUCGCCCCUCCAGAUCCUACUACAUACACUCUCACAGAGCCCACCUACCGGCAUAGUCUCCUCACCCUCAAGAAAAACGAGACCCUAAUCCUCCGCACCAUCGCCUUCACCACUUCCUCCACCCCACCUCACCACCUAGCGCUCACAUACCUGCAAACCCUCUCGGCGCUCCCCUCGCAACCGACCAGCACAUCAAAAACUCUAGCGCGGCGUACGCUGGAAUAUUUAAACACAGCGCUCCUCUCCCCCCAGCUCCUCUACCUCACACAUCAACCCAACGCCCUAGCUGUCGCAGCCAUCUACCUCGCCGCGCGCGAAGUUGGCGUCGCCCUGUCGCGAGAAGCGUGGUGGGAAGUCUUUGACGUAGAUCGUGAAGAACUAGGCUUCCUUGCAGUGGGGCUACUGAGCUGUGAAAACUUCAUUGCAGGAGAGAGGGAGGUGUGGGGGAAGAGAGAGGGGGGAUGUCCGCUGGGGAUUGAGGAGUUGGGAAAGUAUAUGAAGGAGGGAGAGCACGAUGAAGAUGAAGCACACGGCGGCAGGGGGGAACGUGGUUGA